AUCCCAAACCCAAAUUGUAAAAUGGCGACGAAUAACAGUCAAAGCAGCGAGUGGAACAACGUCAAAUUUUAAUGUAACUUAAUUACCAAGCGAAUUUUUCUUUAGUUAUGCUUUCGAGUGCUUAAUAAGUGCAGUAAUCCACUUAAUUAAUUAUCCUAUCAGGAUGGAUGUCACCGAGACGAUGAAAGAAGCCGGCUCGGAAAAUGACACAGUUCGAAAAUCUGAAAGGAAGCCAGUGAAAAAGAAAUUUGACGAUUUUGAGAUUGACGUAAGAAAAAAAGCUAGACUCGAAAAUGAUGAAGGGAAUGACAGCAGCAUGAUAGAAUAUCAAAAUGUGGACAAAGAGCAGGAAAUUUCAUCAGAAAAUCAAUUUGACAUUGAUCCAACUCAAAAUGAAAGUAUUGUUUUCACCAUUGAGGAACGGAUUGGGGAGAGUAAUAUAUUAGAAAAGUUGAAGACUUUGGAAUCUUCAGAGUCAGACAAUAAUAAUCACUGCAGCGAACCCAGAAGACUAACGGUGAAAGAAUUACUGGAAAUAGUUGAACCGAAAAUGUCCGUCAGUGAGUUCCAGAAUCUGGUUCAGUCGAAAUCAUUGAAUGACUCUCCUGUGAAGAAACCCCCAAGCACCAAACGAUUUCGCAACGAGUGGCUAAAGAUGAGUGAAUUUAAAGAAUGGCUACAACCGCAUUCAUUACGUGACAAAGCUUUUUGUACCAUUUGUAAUAAAGUUCUGAACGCAGGAAAGAGUGAGUUAGAAAAACAUGGAGCCACACGGAAACAUUAUACUCUAUUGGAACAGUGGCGGAGCUCAUCAAAUGAUUUUCUUGAAAGACCUAGAUCAUCAAUCACCGGUAGUCCCGUUUCAAACAGUAUGUUCAAUGCUGCACCUUUUCGUCGGAAACAUUCUAGUGAAUCAUCAAACGAUGGUGGACCUGCUAUUCAGGUGCCUGAUUCUCGACCCCAACUUGAGAUUGUUAUUCCUUCAGGCGAUGAAGAAACAGAAGAGUAUGACUAUGAAUUAGAAGAAAAUGAUGGGAAACGCUAUUCAAAUCAUAGCUUUGCGCAACCUGUUAAACAUAAGGAAAAAGAUAACAGUUCCCAAUCUAAAGCGGCGGCAGUGUCCAAGGCCGCGCCAUUUUGGAAAGCCAGUGCUAUUGUAAACGGUCAUGUAACCGAAUUGAAACUGUCAGACUACAAAGGUCGUUAUAUUGUUCUCAUUUUCUACCCUCAAGACUUCUCUAGAGUUUGUCAAUCGGAGCUCCUUGCAAUAAGUGAUCGUAUCUCAGAAUUUAGAGCAUUGAAUGCAGAAGUUGUUGCGUGUUCAGUGGACUCCUUCCUUGCUCAUCAGGUUUGGUGUCGAACUCCACGUUCAGAAGGAGGGCUUGCCAAUCCCAAGAUAGCACUUCUGUCUGAUCCUACGCAUUCCAUAUCAAAGGACUAUGGUUGUUUCAUGCCUGAACUAGGUCAUACAUUAAGAGCUUACUACAUAAUUGAUCACCGGGGUAUCAUUAGGCAAAUCACAAUCAAUGAUAUUUCUGUUGGUCGCAGUACAGACGAACUUCUGCGGUUGGUCGAAGCUUUCCAGCAAACUGACGAAACAGAAGCAUCUGCUCCUGCUGAUUGGAAAUCAGGCCAGCCACUGUAUUCCUAAAAAAAAAAACAAAAAAAAAACAUGAUAUUAGUCCUUAAAUUAAGGGCCUGUACGUCUGAUGUUCUUUCAUGAUCGAUAAUGCAUGAUGUAUGUAUUUGUUAUUUUUUUUUGUUUACCAGUAAGGAUCAAAAUAAUUUGUAAAUAGGUACAAAAUGUUUAAUUUUUGUAUACAGUUAUCCUCUUGUAAUUCACAGACUUGUCCAGAUUCCUGAAGUUUGAAGUCUAAGAAAAAAUUAAAAUACUUGAAUCGGCCCUGAUUCACAGUAUCCAAAUUUUAUUUUUCCUUUUUUUAUUAUUGCAUCAUCAUUCACUAGUUCUAGCUUUUGUUAAUGCUUUUAGUUUUUGUUAUCUCUAUUGCAGGCAUGCUUCUCUAAAAGAAGAGAAAUAUCACUAAAGCCUGUUAAAGUUACUUGUUGGUGAUCUGUAUCUUCUUCUCUAUGACUUGAUGCACCACACUAAAGUCCCAUGCAGUUUAUGUCCUACCAAUAAAUUGCAAUAGCAAGCUGUAUUUUUAAAGUCAGAGAUUACCAGUGCGGGUAUAGUAACUCCUGGCCAAUCCUGACCAUACACCAAAAAACUAAGCUGGACUUGUAAAAGUGUUUUGGUUAGAAACGGAUGGUCAUCAUUGAGAUGACAGGUCAAAGGUGAUCUAUUGAGAUCACCUUUGACUUUUCAAAUUGAUCUCCUGUAUUCCUCUUGAUUUAACAGUGGUUUAAAAUUUAGGGCUGAAAAAUUCAUUUUUUAUGAUUUAUUUCCUACCUCAGUUUUAAACUUCCAUUCUAGAAUAGAAAAACGUAAGAUUGCAUUGCUAGACAAGGUACGAAUUUAAGCAUCUUGAUGUAUGUACCUUCGUAAUCUCUCCUGGAUUUCAUGUAAAAUACGAUUCACCCAACGACAAUUCUCUCAUGUACUCAAGUAUUUUACAUGCAAGAUCUCCAGGACAAAAAUCAUCAUUUAAAAUAACAAUGUUUACAAAUGUCUGAAGAUCCUCUCCUAGAACAAUACCUUUCCCAAAAAUCUAAGGAAAUUAUAAAUUUUCAUUAUUGUGAUAGUCAGAAUUCUGAUAUAAGCAUACCUACAUAAUGAACAACUGUUCCAUUUUUCUUCAGUUUUUUUUUUUUUUUUUUUAUUUGAUCCUUUUGUUUUUGUAUGGAAUAAAUUGUAAGAAUAUUUUGCCAAUA